AUGGCUGCUGCCGUAGCAAACAAGCCCAAGCACGACUGGGCCGACGAUGAUGACAUUGAGGAGACCUCCUCCGACCUCCCUCCCCCCCAGACCAUCACCAACAAGGACGGAACCAAGACCAUCAUCUCUUUCCGCGUCAACGAGGAUGGAAACAAGGUCAAGCUCACCCGCCGAAUCCGCUACAUCACCCACAAGGAGACCGUCAACCCCCGCGUAGCCGACCGAAAAACAUGGGGCAAGUUCGGCCAGAGCGCCAAGGACGGCGCUGGCCCGGCUCCCGAUACGACAUCCGUUGGCGAGAACAUCAUCUUCCGACCUAGCUUCAACUGGCGCAAGGACGCCAAGGAGGAGGGCGACGCACAGGACCAGCUCAAGGACAAGCUCAAGGACAAGAAGGUCAAGUGUCGUAUUUGCAGCGGAGAACAUUUCACUGCCAGGUGUCCGUACAAGGACACCAUGGCGCCUGUCGGCGAGAACGCCGGCGCCGAUGUCGCGGCAGGUAUGGGUGACGAUCAGUCCGCCGCCCAGGGCCCUGGUGCUGCUGCCGCUGGCAAGAAGGGAUCUUACGUUCCCCCUGCUCUGCGUAACGGAGGUGGCGGUGCCGGCGAACGCAUGGGUGGAUCAAAGUUCGGGGAGAGGGACGACCUCGCGACGCUGCGUGUCACAAACGUUUCCGAGAUGGCAGAGGAGGGCGAGCUACGGGAUAUGUUCGAGCGGUUCGGACGCGUCACACGUGUAUUCCUUGCCAAAGACAGAGAAACUGGCAUGGCCAAGGGCUUCGCAUUCAUCAGCUUCGCAGACCGGGGUGACGCUGUCAAGGCAUGCAACAAAAUGGACGGGUUCGGUUUCAAGCAUCUCAUUCUCAGGGUGGAGUUUGCCAAGAAGGCUCAGUAG